UUAGAAAAUGUUCAGUCUCGGGCAUGAAAGAGUCAAAACUUUUCAAGCCAGCUGACUGAACCACGUGACUAGGCGGAAGUAAAAGAGUUGCAAAACAGCAUGAGCAUGGUGCGCAGGUUUGCUUUGUUUAUAUUAGUGUUUGCUUUGGGGAGCGAUGUGUUGCAUUCAACAGGUGAAGGAGAUGAAGACGCGGUGCGUGUUUUGGGUUCAUGCGGGGCCGAUCAGCCACAAUCCGCCGCCCCGCACGGAGCAGCAGGCUGCGGCUGUGGGGAGCUGAAGAGAGCCGAGCAUGCGGAGGACAGCACGGCCGAUCCUCCUGCAGAGCCUCCUGCAGAGCCGGCUGAGAAAUACUCAAGAGGCGCCAAUGAGAGGCCCGAUGAGGAGAUACAAAGUCGGAUGGUGCUGAUUUCUGGAGGAGAGUUCCUGAUGGGAACAGACAACCCAGGCAUCCCUGCAGAUGGCGAGGGCCCUCAGAGGCUGGUGCAUGUGGAGUCCUUCUACAUGGACAUCCAGGAAGUCACCAACCAACAGUUCGAGAGCUUUGUCAGUGCAUCGGGAUACAUUACUGAGGCGGAGAAAUUCGGAGACUCAUUUGUAUUCGAGGGGCUUUUGAGCGAGAGUGUGAAAAACCAAAUCACCCAAGCGGUUGCUGCUGCCCCCUGGUGGCUCCCGGUCAAAGGGGCCAACUGGAGGCAUCCUCAUGGUCCAGACUCCGACAUAAAGGACAGGCUGGACCAUCCUGUUCUUCACGUGUCCUGGGCAGAUGCUGUUGCCUACUGCUCCUGGUUACACAAGAGACUUCCUACCGAGGCAGAAUGGGAGUACGCCUGCAGGGGUGGCCUGAAAGACAGGCUUUACCCCUGGGGAAACAAGUUGAAUCCAAAAGGACAACAUUAUGCCAACCUCUGGCAGGGAGAUUUCCCCAAUCAUAACACUGGAGAGGAUGGAUAUGUCAAAACCUCGCCGGUGAUGUCCUUCCCUGCCAAUGGAUACGGUCUGUAUGACAUGGUGGGAAAUGCAUGGGAAUGGACCUCGGACUGGUGGACUGUGCAUCACACCGCAGACGAGCAACACAACCCAACGGGUCCUCCGUCCGGUAAGGAUAAGGUGAAGAAAGGAGGAUCAUACAUGUGCCACAAGUCGUACUGUUACAGAUACAGAUGUGCAGCCAGAAGCCAGAACACUCCAGACAGCUCAGCCUCUAAUCUCGGUUUCCGCUGCGUCUCUCCAGAGCAACAGUGACCCGACCUGCUUAUCUUAAACACGGGGGUCCCCCUUUCUUCGAGCUGCUCUCUGACCCCAGUUUUGGUUAAGCAGGUUGUAGUGGAUUCUUAAGUGCCAUCUCAUCAAUGUGCAUUCGAUGAUCGUGUUUGAAAGAAGACAGGAGUUGAAGAUUUUCCAGCAGAUAUUCAGAGAAAUGUAAAAUAUUUCCAGCUCUAUUUUUAUAGCUUUGUAUUUAUAUUCAUUUUUAGAAUUUUUUUAAAUAAAGAAAACAAUAGAAAAGACUGAAAAACACUGAAAGCACUAUAAAAAAUCUUGUUUGUACUUGGUCUAAUUAAGCAUUUCAGUGAUCAUGUGAAUUUCUUAAAUAAUAUUUGUACACAAGUUGUGUGCACACAGCAGACAACAAGUCCAUGUAAACUGUGAAAUUGCUGUAAGACUAUGGGAAAGUAUUCAGGAUCAUAAACGAUCCCAUUUGUUUUUCUUUUCUGAAAUUCUUAAUUAGCCAUAAUAAA